AUGUCUAAGAUCGCGUCCACCUUCUCGCGCCUUGUGCGCUUCGUUCCCAAGUCGAAUCCCUCUAAAAUCCUCAUCGGUGAGCCCGUUGAUCCACAGUUGGAUGUCGGAUUGGCCAUCUACCAGGGCAAGGAGGUCUCCGUGCGGCCGUUCUCUGGCACAUCCGUCCUCGACCCCGGACAAAAGACCGAAUCCACCGAGACCAUCAGUCGCAUUCUCUCUCCUCUGUCGCAGAGCGAAGUCGGUACUAUUCGAUGCAUUGGACUGAACUAUGUCUCCCACGCCGCCGAGAUGAAGCUCGACAUCCCCGAAGUGCCCACUCUCUUCUACAAACCUUCGACCUCUCUCGCUGAUCCCUGGCCCGCCCCGACUAUUCUCCCCAAGAUCACGCAGGUGGACAACACAGGCGACUACGAGUCCGAAAUGGUCAUCGUCAUUGGCCGUGAUGCCAAGGAUGUCAGCGAGGCCGAUGCCCUUGACUAUGUUCUCGGGUACACCGCCGCCAACGAUGUUUCCAGCCGGACGUCGCAGAUGAACCAGAGCCAGUGGUGCUUCUCGAAGGGAUUCGACACCGCCUGUCCGAUUGGACCCGUCCUCGUUUCCUCCGCUCAAUUCCCCGACGCCAGCAAAUUUAAGAUCCGUGGUCUCAAGAACGGCAAGGUUCUGCAGGACUGUCCUCUGACCGACUUGAUCUUCAGCGUACCUAAGCUGGUCAGCUUCCUGUCGCAGGGUACGACUCUCCCUGCCGGCACUAUCAUCUUGACCGGCACCCCCCCGGGCGUUGGAGCGGCCAAGUACCCUAAGGAGUUCUUGAAGGCUGGUGACGAGUUUGCCGUUGAGUUGCUGCCCCAUGUUGGAACCUUGAUCACCAAGAUCGAGAACCAGGCUUGA